GCGGCGGCCAUCUUGGGCGGCUGGAGGGCGGGGGGAGGGAAGCGGCGGCGGCGGCGGCCGGGCUUGGGGCCCCUCCUGCUCCUGCUGGUGCGGCGGCGGCCCGAGGCGGCGCCCAUGGCCGGGCAGUUCGACGCGGAGGACCAGGCGAGCUGGUACUGGGGCCGCCUGAACCGGGUGGAGGCGGUGGGGCUCCUGCAGGGGCAGCGCCACGGCACCUUCCUGGUGCGGGACUCCAGCAGCAUCCCCGGAGACUUCGUCCUCUCCGUCUCCGAGAGCUCCCGCGUCUCCCACUACAUCGUCAACAGCCAAGGUGCGCCCAGGGAGGAGCGGGGGCCCGGGUCGGCCUCGCCGCCUCCCCCGCCUCCGCCCCUUUAUGCGGGCGAGGGGCCUGCAGCUCCGGCGGGCGCGGAGGGAGGCCUUUUCGGGCGCUGCCUUGGGCGGGGCUGCCCCAGCACGAGGCUGGUUCGGCAGACCCAAGCCUCCUCGCUUUCCAGGCGGGCUAGGCCGCGCCUGCGUUUGGCCUGAGGCGGGGUGGACCCCAGUCCUCGAUUAGCUGUAUACUGGGAGAGAGGGAACUUUAGCCUUCCUGACUCCACCUUCGCUCUUCUCUACCCCCCCCCCAAAAAAAAAUUAGGAGCGACCAGACGGUCCGCGAAAGGAUCCUGCCUCGCUCCAGCCAGCAAUGUUUCUGAUUCCUUGCUUUCUGCUGGGAACUUCCUGCUGUUGCGAUUGGCCCCCGAAAAGAUGUGCGCUGCUCCUACGCUUGGCUUUUUAUAAUUGCUUCAAAGUUCCAGUGUUGGGUUUGUUGCUGCUUGCUAGGUUCACCUGCACCUGCUUUAAAGGCAUGAAGCGCCUUUGAAAUCUUUUGGAAGAGCAGCAGUUGCCGAGUUUGCAAUCAAGUGUUUGUUGACAGUGCUGUAAAACCGCUUGGCUUGGUUACUUUGGUGGUUGGGCCUCAGAUGGUGCCCUGUAAAUUGAAUGCACAACUUUAUGCAUGCAUCCUCUCCAUAAUGCAUUCCAUUAUGGAGAGAAGAUUGCCCAAGUGAUGCUUGCUUUGAGGAUGCAGGAUUUGUGUGGUGACCCUCCAUAACACUGGAGAGUUUUUCUGUUUGCUUUUACAAUGAGGUAUUAGAUAUUUUAAAAUACUGCCUUAGUAAAAAAGAGUGCUUUUAGAUGGUUGCAUAUAAACUAAAUAUUUAAGACGGUCACAAAUUGAAAAGUUGAUUGUACUGAAAGAAAGCUAGUUACAGUCAGAGUUAUCUGUUUGGCCAUGCUCAUAGUUUCUGGAGUAAGUAAUCUGUAGUUUUCUUUCUCCCCUCCUACUCCCAGGGUCAAAUAAUCCUCCUAGGUUUCGAAUAGGGGACCAAGAGUUUGACUCCCUGCCAGCUUUACUGGAGUUCUACAAAAUACACUACUUGGACACUACAACCUUGAUAGAACCUGUUUCAAAAUCCAAACAUAACAGUGAUGUGCAGCUGAGGCAGGAAGAGGCUGAGUAUGUGCGUGCUCUCUUUGACUUUAAUGGCAAUGAUGAGGAAGAUCUUCCAUUUAAAAAAGGAGACAUACUGAGAAUCCGGGAAAAGCCUGAAGAGCAGUGGUGGAAUGCAGAAGACAGCGAAGGCAAGCGAGGGAUGAUCCCUGUUCCGUACGUCGAGAAGUAUAGACCUGCCUCUGCUUCAGUAUCUGCUCCGAUUGGAGGUAACCAGGAUAGUGCGCUCCCACAGCCACUGGGUGGGCCGGAGCCAGGUCCCUAUGCCCAGCCCAGCAUCAACACUCCGCUCCCCAACCUCCAGAAUGGCCCCAUUUUUGCCCGGGUUAUCCAGAAGCGGGUCCCUAAUGCCUACGACAAGACAGCCUUGGCUUUGGAGGUACAUAAUGGGCAAAAAGAGAUCGGUUCAAGCAAUUUCUCUUUCAAAUAGCCUUGCAUCCUAAGAGGUUUAGAAUCCUUUUGCUGUUAAUCAAAAGUAGUCAUGCUUUUCAUGCAUUCUUUGUUUAAAAUAUAUGAAAGCGGCAGUGAAAACAUACCAUUAAGGGGCCAGUCCUCACCUUGCAGGAAUAUGUUGUCCUGUAUCCCUAUGCAUCUACAGUACUAAAUGUAAAUGGCGUUUCCGUGUCUCUGGCACUUGUCACGGUGCCCCACGCGCUAGAAGUGGUUUAGUCAUGCUGGCCACAUGACCUGGAAAAGCUGUCUGCAGACAAACACUGCCUCCGUAGGCCUGAAAGCAGAGAUGAGCGCCAUGCCCCAUAGUCAAAUUCGACUGCACUUAACCAUCCAGGGGUCCUUUACAAAAUGUGACACGUGUCUAAUGUUGGACCCCUGGGCAGGCAGGGUGUGCUUGCCUGCUGUCUCUAGUGCAUGCGAUUGCCACUUUUGUUUUUUCCUUAAAGGUUUAAUUAUGCUGAAAUCUGGGAGCAGCCUAUACUGAACUUUAGAAUUGUUUCAUUCUGUAUGCUUGUGCAUCCAAAAGAAUGAGGAUUCUGUGUUGUUCAGAGACAAGGGGAUUCUCUACAUCCAUGCACUUUUCUGAAAGGCCUGAUUAGAGACAUUGCUUUGGCAAAUAGAUUGCUAUGCUAAAUGUUGUGGGUAGCACACUGCUAUGCAGUUCAAUAAGGUCUACUGUCUCCUUAGAGGUUUAUGCUUUCAUACUACAGUGGUACCUCGGAUUACAAACACUUUGGGUUACAGACUCCGCGAACCUGGAAGUAGUACCUCGGGUUAAGAACUUUACUUCAGGAUGAGAACAGAAAUCGUGUAGUGGCAGGCCCCAUUAGCUAAAGUGGUACCUCAGGUUAAGAACGGUUUCCACUGUAUUUCCCUUAUGUGAGUAGAUAAAACCCUAACUUCAGUUGUUCAAGAGCAAGAGGUUGGAGCAGUAAAUGGCAAAGCAGACUUUUGUAGGGCAGCUGCUUUGGGAGAGGCUCUUUACUCCGUCUUUCAGGUGACCCAGGUGAUUUGCAAGGCUUUGUCCUGCUUCCAGGGAGGAGUCUGACCGUAGAGAGGCCUGCCUGAUGGGAGUGUUACUGUUUCCACUUCCUUAAUAUUAUUGGGAGGCUACACUGUUUCCUUAGGCUCACCAGGUAGUUUUCAUCUUGAUCAUAAAUUUGGCGCUAAAUCCAAGCCCCACUGGGAUCUUCAGUUUCUGCAGCAAGCGGGAUUUGCCUUCUGCUCUUUGCAUAUAGUUAAUCAUUUGACUGAGCGGUCCUUGAUUUUAUGAAAGCAAUAAAAUGGGCCAGUUCAAACCUGAAACCUUUUGUGAUUGUAGGCUGCCUGUUAAAUGAGCUUAAUUUUUCCCAAGUGACUUCACUUGCUUUUGAGCAGCACCUGAGAUGGUGCCGCUUUGUGUUUUCUCCUGGACACAGUGGAACGGAAAUAUGCAAGCAGCUGUGCAGGCUGCACCAGGAAGGCCGUUCUGUGGUCCUGAAAGAGUCAAGCCAAGAGUCUCCACUGAUGCUUUGCUGGUUGUGUGUCUUAAUUUCACUGCUUCCCAUUCUCCUUGGUGCUUUUGGAAAGGGGUUAUUGGCUCAGUAUACUGUUGUGACUGACUACUUUGACCAAAUAAUUGUGGACUCUGCUUGUCCAAGGAGUUGUUAACAGUGGUGCUUUCAUUAUUGGCUGCAGGUCGGUGAGCUGGUAAAGGUCACCAAGAUUAACAUGAGUGGCCAGUGGGAAGGAGAGUGCAAUGGCAGGAGAGGACACUUCCCGUUCACGCAUGUCCGGCUGCUCGAUCAACAGAAUCCCGAGGAAGACUUCAGCUGAGUAUGGCUCAACGGUUCUGCUUACAGAUGGGAACAAACACACUGUGUUUCACUGCAGCUGCCAUAGACUGUUCCUAGAUGUCAAAAGCAGUGUCGCUUCUGCAAGGCACUGAUAUUGUUGAAAUAUCCCUGGGACCCGACACUUAAAAGAGGCUUGUGUUUUCAGGGUACGAAACUCAAUGGCUUCUGUGCCAAAAGUGGCACAUAAGGAUAGGUAAAUCAGAAACAUCACUUCCCCUCUCCCCUCCCCUCCUCCCUGCUGGAAGUAGGAUUUGGCCACCUCAAGAGGGUUCUUGUGUAUGGCUUUACCAGUCCCAUUGCUUUGUCUGUAGGCAGCAAACCUGAAUGGUUAAGUAGGAAGCUCACAACUUGCUAAGCCAAGAAAAUUUCCUCUCUUUGGAUUUGACUUGCAACUCCUGCAUCAUAACUGCUUGUUGCAUAAUAAGUACAAUUUGCACAUUGCAGGUGACUGUUUAAACAUACUAUUUUGAUACUGGGGUAGCUGUUGCAUAACUACCAUCAUUUGAAUGGGUUAGCUAUUGUAUAACUAUUCUACGUUUUGGCUAUUCCCCAGAGUUGCCAAGAAAGGGGGUUUCAGAAAUCAGUCUCCAGUACAGGCAUAGCAAGUUAGAUUUAAUUCCAGAAGUAGAGAUUAAAACCUAAAAAAUUAGGUAGACUGUUUGGCCUUCUUCUAAGUGCAGAGAACUAUGUUUGUUGCACUUUAUUCACUAAUAUGGGUAACGAUACAAGUUGCUGAAUCUGUUACAGAUCUGAGCACUACACUCCAGAUGUAACCUUUGAUGCGCUGCAGGAAGGAAUGGAAGUGCCUCAAAGUCUUUGCGUGCUUUUAUUCAUUCAGUAUAGUAAGAUAAGUAUUGCCAGUGCUUUUUUUCUAAAAAAAAAAAAGGUUUGGGGUACUCUCAUUCCGUCUGAGACUCAGGAAACACCGUGACAGGAAUUGAGGCCGCCAUCGGGGGUAGCAACGGAACGGAUGAUUCACCGUGCUAGAGAAGAAACGAUUUUUUAAAAAAACUUUCUUUUCCUGUUAGAUUCACAAAAUGUUUAGGGGUGUGCGUACCCCUGCGUACCCCCAGAAAAUAAGCACUGAAUAUUGCCAUCAGAAAUCAAAAUGCCAAAACCUUUUUUUAAAACCUGCUAUUUAGGUCUGUUUGUUUCCAUUUGUAAAGCAUUCACAUGAUGGCUCCAUGAAGAUCUUAUUUUUAAUAAACUAAUGGAAAUACUUAAACGCUUUGGGAUUGAUUCUAAUACAUUCAGAAUUCACAAAAUUAAUUUUUAUCCCUUCACUUUUUCACUACUUAAACAUCCAACUUUUGUGCUAAUAUUUCCCAGGCUGCUUUCCCCCCAAAUCCUUUUUUAAACAAUCCAACCAUCCACCCAGAUGCAGCAAUUGUAAAGAAGGCUUUUCUUCCUAAAGGAUAAAGAACUGAAAUGUCCUUUGGAUGAUCCCAUACAAGUGGGGCGUUGUCUUGUUACACAUUGCAGUGGAGUAACUGGAUCCCAGUAUAGAGACCAUGUGCAGAAUACACCACCGUGUGUUAGGCCCUUGGGGCUGGAACACUGCAGUGGUCAUGUUCUUCACUUCUGCUUAAGUGCGAUUGCUUUAUGUUGAAAGGGCAGUGCCUACAGAGUAAUGCAAAUUGGCUGUAGAUGUGUGACAGCAUCAGACAGGUUUUAGCAAAAUGCUCUUGCUGAUAAUUCAGGUUGGCAGGUAAUAUUCCUUCUGAUGGUGCUUGUUGCAUGUUUUAUCUAGAUCAUGCUUCCAAAUUCUUGGGCAAGCCGUGAACACAAUCAGUUGCCUUCAUGAACCUUCUUGGAUUUCUAUGGGGAACGCAGAUUAUUAUUAUUUAAUUCUGCUCCUUAACUGGAAUUUGAUAGUUGAGACCUACCUGACUGUCUCUGUAAAGUUGACCAAUUCCUCAGCAAGUUCCUCCCUUUUCUUUUUACAGCAUUUCCUGUAAGAUAACAUAACUCCUUAUUAAACAGCUUUAGUACAUGCUACAGUCUUAAAAUCCAUAGACCUUUCUUUGCUUUUGUUGAUUUUAGUAGUUCCUCUUUCACACUUUUAAAUUUUGCCAUGGAACUGUAUUUUACAGAGAAAUGCAAUAUUUUUAAUUAAACCUUGAUGUGCUGCAUUUUUAAAUAAAAAAUAUAGGUAUUACAGUCCAUUUCAGUUUGGAACUGAUCAGCUUGGCAGAAGGAAGGGAGCCAGCUUUUGUGCCUAAGUCAACAGUCCUCCGGAUGUUGCUGGCGUUCAGUUCCAGUCAAGCCCAGCAAACCCACCCAGUAGUGCGGAGGUGGUGGGAGUUGUCAUCCAACAACAUCUGGAAGACCCUCAACCCCUUCUCUUAAGUUGUGUGGGGAAAGUCCCUGUGUUUAAGAAUGCAACAGUGAAUGAGACGGAACAGAAAAAACAAACUUCCAUUUGCUUCAAUGUUUGUGCUGAGUAAGGCUGGAAGGCAGGGAUGCAUGGAUGACAUUAAACUCCUGGAAAAGAUUGGAGGCUAUUUUUUCUUUGCCACAGUGAAGCUCCUUCCUUCAUAGUUACUUCAGAGAUUUAAGACUUCAUCACUUGGUCAGUGUUGGGUGGUUAACUUGUGCUACAGCUAGCGUAACUCAUAAAGGUUUCUAACUACAGCACCGCCAUCGGCUGCCCUAUUUUCAUUCUCUUUGGUGCAGUUUUGCACCGGUAUACUGAACUCUCUUUGAAUGGGCUGCUGUGUAUCCUGUCUUCCAUCUAAGUCAAACCCAGCCUUUCAUACUAAAACUUGCUGUGGUUUAAUCUUGUUAAUCUGUUGGAAUUCCUAAUACUGCAAGUAUUUUAAUCAUCUUUAAUAACAUGCCAUUUGGAUGAAAGAUACUAAGUAAGCGAACAAGAAUCAAAAACAUGUAAAAAUGUGCCACUGUAUUAUAUAACACUACACACUUUCUUGACAGUUACUUUUUGUAGUAUGUAAUUGACAUGUGCAUAAUACGUGAAGUAAAUAAAAAUUGCAAAAACCGUAUUUGUGACUCAUUACUUUAAAAAUAUAGACAUAUGGAUAUGUGAGAUACCUAGGAUGAUUGUAACAAAACUGAAAAGGUACCUCAAUAUUUUCUUACGUGCGUUGCACAUUAGGAUCAAUUUCUGGGUAGAUGUAGGAUGCAAAUUGAAUUACUAUUAAAAGGACAUUAUGUGUCCCCAAAGUUG